AUGCCGUCCAUCGGUGCGUACACUGAGCUCCAAACACCGUCCUCCAGGGCGUUCCCAAGCUCGUUCCAGCGCCAAGAUAGUGCCGAAGACGAGUCCGAAGCCUAUGGCGCUGAUCGUCACGCAGCCGCAGCGCUGAGAGGCUUUACAGCUCGCCCAAAAGAAGAAAUACACGACAAUAUCAACUCGGAGCCCUCACUAUCGUCCUCCGACGCUGAUAUUACUGUAAAAUCCGCCAAAAAGAAGCGGAUCUACAAGAAGCGGAAGGCCACCCACACUGUCCGUAAAGAGGAGAUGCAGGCGCUUGAGAAAGAGAUUGAAAUUCUGCAAAAAGAACUGGAACUGCUGAAGUUUAAAACCAUUGUAGAAAGUGGCGACGAGAUCCAGUCCGACAGGAAACGCAGCGCCAAAAACGCAGCUCUACGAGAGGCAGUGCAAGAGCAGCACGUGGUUCUGGCCAGAGCGCAGGCGAUGCUAGCAGGCCACUCCCAGCAGAGCCUACAUCGAGUCCACCCCACCGAGAUGAGGAUUUGUCUUGGGAGAGACAAAGACGACAGAAUGAGGAUGCUGAGUGCCUUAAGAGGACCGAAACUACAGGAAGCGAGAAGGUUCUUAAUGGAAAGGAUGCAGGGCUUGAGUCCGACAGCCCCGUAUUUCCAGGAAGAACGGUACGAUACUGUGGACGGGGAUUUCUGUAUCGCGAGGUUCGAUGUGACCCCGUUCCGAGGAGCUAGAGGAGGCGUCCAGGAAGUGUUCGCAGCGCUGCAACAAGCAGUGUUUAAUGCCGAGAUCAUCAUUUCCGAGUCUUCCGGGAACAUUACUAUUCGGGAGGAUGACGAACUGGGGGACGAACAUUUAUCCCACAUGCGUUUUGUGUCACAAAAUUCGCGUGGCCUACAGCUUGAGACAAACCUCGUGCUCUUCUCGGACUGCGCCCGGUACCAAGCAGAAGACACGCGAUUCGCUGAAAAUGGGCGAUACGCGAUCAUGGCGUCGGAUUUCGUGGACCAAGACGAGCGAUACCCGUACCGACCGCUUGAGCGCAUUAGACGCGACUCCACGACUGUCACCAUGGUGACGUCGUAUCGGGAACCUGUAAAUGGCGGCGAAGAGGAGCUGGUGGUGGUGGUCACUAGAUGGGCCCUGAAUAUAGUGAGACGUCCCGCUAUGACUGUCCCCAGUCGGGUGUUGGAUGAACUGCGCAACUCGCACGUGCGGUGGGCCGACUUGAUGUUCAAUUGCGUACGUCAAGCACUCGGACUGCCAGUAGUGCAAUAG